AUGGACUGGAAAUCGAUCGACCCACGCCCGCACCCGAGCCCGAGCCCGCUGACGUCCCCGUCAAGGCGAAACAUCGCAGGACGAUGGGUUAUUGCGGUUGUGGUUGGCCUGGCUUAUUUCUGGGUUGUGGUUCUUAGGUCUCCUAUUAGCCCCCCGGUGGUUGUGCCAGAGUCCGUAUUUGGCUGGGAGAGCAUCCCUCCUUCGGAGUCGCUGGAGUAUCAUGACUGUGGAGAUGGUUUCCAAUGUGCCCGGUUAGAGGUUCCGAUGGACUAUAAUCGCUCGGAUAUUGAGGAUCGAAAAUUCACUUUGGCUGUGGUACGAAUCCCAGCGAAAGUCCCGGUUGGAGACCCCCGCUAUGGAGGCGCUGUCCUGAUUAACCCAGGUGGUCCGGGUGGCCCUGGAACCCUGCAGGCAAUUUUGACUGGUCGCAAUUUACAGACGAUUGUCGACGCGGAGAGUGAUCCUAUUUUCCCUGCGCCUGAAAGCAGCGAUAAGUAUUUCGACAUUAUUGGAUUUGACCCACGUGGUGUGGGAUCCACGACACCGGCAGUGACAUGCUUUCCAGACCCUGUAUCGCAGCGGAACUGGGAAUUGCAAGUCUCGGCGGAAGGCAUGCUUGGAAGUGGCCCGGAAUCACUGGUUAGGAACUGGCAGCGUACCCAGGCACUGAACUCGGGAUGUUCAUUCUGGGAAAUGGCAGAUCUGCCCCACCAGAAUGAUUCCAUGAUGGAGUAUGUUAGUACUCCCCUGGUCGCAAAAGACAUGGUUACUAUCAUUGAGCGCCAUGGUGAAUGGCGUGAGAAAGAGGGCCUCAAGGCACAGGCUUCCUUUGAUCAGAGUCACGGCCCCGAUGAAUCGCGUGCAAUUUUGAGACGCACGCAGUGGCGUAUCAAUCAGGAGCCACUCUUGUACUGGGGCCGGUCCUACGGUACUCUACUUGGCACAACCUUUGCAGCCCUCUUCCCCGAUCGGGUUCAACGCGCUGUCCUCGAUGGUGUCGUCAACAUGGACAAGUACUACGAAGGGCGCGGGCCAAGUGCAAUAGCUGACGCUGAUGCAAUCUUCAGUCGUUUUGGUCACUACUGUAAUGCCGUCGGUUCAAAUGACUGUCCCUUGUUUGUUGAAGGAGGAGCACAAGCCAUCCUGGAUGCAUAUUGGUCACUCGAGGACCAGCUUCUAAAUAUGUCGAUGCCGGUGAUGGCAUCGGCCACUCGGGGACCCGAGGUUGUGACCUGGACAGACGUGAAGGCUAUUCUUCGCGUUGCUGUGUAUCAACCAUUACUUGCGUUUCCUGUUCUGGCAUACCACAUGAGCGAGUUGAUGAAGGGGAAUCCUGUAACUUUGGCAGAUUUCAAACAUCGCAGUCACUUUUCCGUCUGUCCAUCUAGCGAAUGCAGUAUCGCUGGCCCGUGGUCACCGGAAUGUUCGCGGGGACAGGAUAAUAGUCUCUAUGCGAGCGCUGCUAUUCUCUGCACUGACGCAGAGUAUAUGGCUCAUUUGAGUAUAGAAGAGUUCCAAGAUAAGUGGAAUCAUCUAAGAGCCGACAGUGCAGCACUUGGAGAUUAUUGGGCCCAACUUGAGCUGGCAUGUGUCGGUUGGAAGGCCAAGGCCAAGUAUAAGUUUACAGGUCCGUGGGGCGGUGUUACCUCCCACCCGAUGUUGUUUGUGGCGAAUACACUCGACCCAGUGACGCCUUUGAGCAGCGCACGGCACAUGUCGCAGCAAUUCCCCGGGUCUAGAUUACUCCAACAAGAUUCCGAAGGGCACACCACUAUUGCUGCACCUUCCGUCUGUAUUGCCAAGUCAAUCCGCAAUUACUUCCAAACUGGCGAUCUUCCUGCCACCGGUACCCUCUGCGAAGCGGACUUGAAGCCGCUAGUCGGCGCACCUCAGAAAGCUGCAGCCCUUCGUCAUGACAUGAAUGAUGCCGAUAUGAAACUCUUCGAUGCGCUUUUGAAAGACGUCAACCUGGGCCACUGGCCGGCACUGCCUUUAUAG